AGAACAUGUAAGUAUUACGUAACGAAGCAGCAGGGCGGAGAGUUACGAUGGGCGCUUAGAAAUUACUAUGCAGGCUGUGGCUGACUAGGGCUCCCAAGUCAAGUUCUCCCUCGCUGCCUCACCUCCUGCCUCUCCAUCCACGACCAGCUUGGCCGUAGCCUCUUAACCGCUUCCCUAGGUCGGAUAUUCUGGUUGGGGAUCGCUUCAUUCAGGCAAGUGAGCGCCCCGAACACGACCUCACGGCGUACGCACGUGGGGACUGGGACGCUUGCCGCACAGGGAGCCAACUCCUCACAUUCGGUUCAGCGGCACCAGACAACACGUCGCGGCAUACUCCAGAGAGCAUCCCGCUGAGGACGCUGAGACGUCCGGGCCUAGACCUCACCGCCUUCGCCAUGAAGUUCAGUUCGUCGCUCAAGUUCAACGCCGUCCCCGAGUGGUGGGAUGAGUACAUUGCCUAUGAUGCCCUCAAGAAGACCGUCUACCAGCUCGAGAAGCAGCAGGCCGGCCUCGGCGACUCGUUCUACAGCGAACACCGCGACCUCGAGGCGAAUGAAGAGUCCGCUCUCAUGGGCAGCGCGAGCAACGCAUCCACGGACAGCAUCUUCGUCCCGCUGCUCGAUCGCGAGCUCAAGAAGAUCUGCCUAUUCUACGACACGCAGGAAAAGGAGCUCGAGGAGGAGGUCGAGCACCUGCAGCGGCUCGUCCAGGAGCAGGAGGAGGUCGGGCCGGACGCCGGACAUCAGUACAUGGACGCGGACACAGAGGACGACGACGACGACGAUGAGGACGAGGAUGAGUUCGACACCCAUAGCCCGACAGCUAGCCGGGACCCCACACGCUCGCCAUCGCGCCCCCCAGGUGGCCGACGACACGCACGUUCCGCGAGCUCCGCGGCUGCGGGUGCCUCGUCAGGGAGACGGAGGUUCGACUCGAAUCCGACACGGCGAUUUAGCAUCUCGUCCAUGGAGGACCACGGCGACCUCGAGGCGAGCAUCGUGUCGCUGAAGUCCCAGUACGGGCAGGCGUCUGGGUCGUCGACCUCGCCCAAGGUGACGACGAAAACGAUUGCGGCGAAGGUCAAGGGCAUGAAGGACAGUAUCACGUCGCUGACGGGCCCGCAGACGGUGUGGACGGCGAAGAACAACUACGCGACGGACAUCCAGCUGCUGUUCAAGCGGCGGAUCACGAACCUAUACCUGACCGCGACGUCCCUGCGGUCGUACGUGGAGCUGAACUACUCGGGGUUCCGCAAGAUCCUGAAGAAGUACGACAAGGUGACGGACGGUGCGCUGCAGGAGCACUACCUGCACGACGUGGUUGAGCAGGCGCCGCCGUUCGCGCAGCCCGUCAAGGACCGCCUGAAUGCGACGAUCACGCUGCUCGUUGAGCAGUACACCAAGUGCGUAACACGCGGCGACCACCGUGCGGCGCAACGGCAGCUCCAACUGCACCAGCGCGAGCACAUUGCGUGGGAGCGCGACACGGUGUGGCGGCAGAUGAUCGGGCAUGCGCGGCGAGGGGGCACGGAGGAUAGCCCCGCUACACGCGGCGGGACGCUCGUGCUCGAGCCAGAGAAGGGCCUGCUGGACGUGAAUACGAAAGCGGGCCACCUGCGGUUCACGAUAAAGCAUGUGUGCCUGCUCGUAUCCGUCCUCGUGUUCAUCAUCCUGUUGAACGUACAGACUCUAGACGGCGUAGAGGCGAGUCGAUGUCUGGCGGUGUUGGUGUUCGCGACGAUCAUGUGGGCGACGGAAGCAAUUCCGCUUUUCGUGACGUCCAUACUCGUCCCACUUCUCCUUGUCACGCUCCGUGUGAUUCGGUCGCCUGACGGCGAGGAACGGCUGAACACGCCCGACGCUACGAAGUAUAUAUUUUCAGUCAUGUUUUCACCCACUAUCAUGCUCCUCAUCGGCGGCUUCACCAUCGCCUCCGCUCUCAGCAAGACUGCGAUCGACCGUGUAUUAAUCACGAAGGUGCUCAGUCUCGCUGGUACAAGACCGAGUGUCGUCUUGCUCGCGUUCAUGGGUGUUGCAUGUUUUGCCAGCAUGUGGAUAAGUAACGUUGCAGCACCGACGCUUUGCUUCUCGCUCAUCCAGCCAAUCCUGAGGACACUACCUCCCAAGUCGAACUUUGCUCCCUGUCUGAUUAUCGGGAUCGCUCUUGCGGCCAACAUUGGUGGCCAGAGCUCGCCCAUUUCCUCACCGCAAAACCUCAUCGCGCUGCACGAGAUGGACCCCCAACUCGACUGGGCAAGUUGGUUCGCCGUCGCGCUCCCUGUCUCGGGUAUCUCCGUCGUGCUCAUCUGGCUGCUCCUCCUCGUGUCGUACCACCCCGCACGGUCGCCCGACGGCGAGGGUGAGAUCGAGAUCCGGCCAAUACGCGCGUCGCGCGAGCCGUUUACGAUGAAGCAGUGGUGGGUAACGCUCGUGUGUCUCGUCACGAUCGGCCUAUGGUGCUUUGAGCACCAGAUCGAGGAUGCUAUCGGCGAUAUGGGCAUCAUUGCGAUUAUUCCGAUCGUCGCGUUCUUCUCGACGGGCGUGCUGAAGAAGGAGGACUUUGAGCAGUUCUUGUGGACGGUCGUGUUCCUCGCGAUGGGCGGCAUUGCCCUUGGGAAGGGUGUCACGUCCAGUGGCCUUUUGGACGUCAUGGACGACGGCAUUCGUGAGAUGAUCUCCGGCCUCUCGCUUUACACCGUCGUCAUCGUGCUCUCGUUCAUCGUCUUGGUGGUCUCCACGUUCAUCAGUCAUACUAUCGCCAGUGUGUUGCUCGUCCCCAUCGCCAAGGAAGUAGGCGCGAACAUGCCAGGCAACAGAUCGAACCUGUUGAUCUUCUUGACCGGUCUCUUGUGUUCAACUGGGAUGGGCAUGCCAGUCUCCGGCUUCCCGAACCAGACAGCUGCGAACCAAGAAGACGAUAUGGGCGUGUUAUACCUUUCGAACAUCGAUUUCCUCAAGAACGGCGUGCCUGCGAGCUUCAUUGCGAUGAUGGUCGUCGCAACCGUCGGAUUCCUCUUGAUGGAGGCCAUUGGUCUUUAACGAUCUAUGCUCCCGGCUAUAUCUGCCGUACAGUGUCCAUCUAGCAUUUCUUGCUUUUCAUGUCGAUUCCAGAUAUCCUCAUGCUGAUGAUAUAGUGUAUUAGAAGGCGAUAAGGACCGUAGGUAGAACAUCCAAGUUCCAUCUAGUUAGCUAUAAGACUAGUUACUUUUUGUGCUCUGCCAUCUGCUAUUUGCUGUAUGUAGGCUUACCAUCACGACGUUGACAAACGAUGCGUCCCUGGGUCAUGUCGACCCUACUGGAGAGAUCA